AGCAUCACAAUUCGCUAAACCCUAUCUCUCUGCGUCUCUCGAUUAGUUCCUCCCGGUCACCGUCCCCGUAUCGUAUCUUCAGCCUCACCAUCGACCUGCGUCCCGUCGUCCGUCGAUUCGCCGCCGCCGCCGUCAAUAAACCACCGCCUGCUUUCAGUCUUCAACUCUUCGAAUCUUUCGCCUAUCAGUUUGCUCUCUCAAAUUCUCAGUCUCCGUUGCCGCCCCCCUCGCGUCGCCUCGCCUCGCCUCGCCUCGCCGUCGCCUCCUCACGUUUGGGUUGGUUUUGUAGAAAAAGGUUGUAAAUGGCAGCAACAGCUACAUACCCUCCUCCACCACCAUAUUACAAGCUAUACAAGGAUUACAUUCAAGACCCCAAGUCAGCUCCAGAGCCACCUCCUCCUAUUGAAGGCAAUUAUAUUCUUUUUGGUAGCAAUUACACUACAGAUGAUGUACUUCCAAGCUUGGAAGAGCAAGGAGUUCGGCAAUUGUAUCCUAAAGGGCCUAAUAUUGAUUUCAAGAAUGAACUGAGAUUGCUUAACAGAGAACUCCAGCUGCAUAUUUUGGAGCUUGCUGAUGUUCUUGUAGAACGGCCUUCGCAAUAUGCAAGGAGGGUAGAAGAGAUAUCUCUUAUAUUUCAGAACUUACAUCAUCUUCUAAACUCAUUGCGUCCCCACCAGGCCAGGGCAACACUAAUUCACAUACUAGAACUUCAGAUACAACACCGUAAGCAAGCUGUGGAAGAUAUCAAGAGGUAUGGGAUGAAUGAGGUCGAUGGGUCUAGGAAAGCUACUUCUUGUUACAAAGCACAUGAGAAGUAUGAUUUAUGAUUUUUCUGAAAGUAAAUUCUGGAGAAUUCCUCUAUUAUACUUAAGGGAAACUAUACCCUGGAAAUUUGUAGAAAAGCUAAUCUUUUCAUAUUAGCAAUAAAUAUCUCUUGCCAAUAACUUAAUAAUCUCUCAAGUCACCUCAUGGAUGCCUCAGCUGAACUAUUUGGGUUUGAUUAUGUGGACCCGACUUUUUUCUUUUACCAUCAUCAUCUGUAGACUGUACCUAGGGUAAGCAUCUGUUAUGGUACUGGCUCAGCUAAUGCUUAAAGGGAAUCUUUCUUGGAGUAUUUAAGUUUUAUUAUCUAUAAGAUUGAUGAGGUCCUUUGUGGCUUAGCAGGCCUGGUUUGCAAGUUUUGUUAAUUUGAAAGGAACAGUAAACACAAAUACAAUCAUUGUGCAGAUAAUAUAAUUGUCAAUUUCUUGAUCUUGUAUUUUGCGUAUUUAUUUAGAAUAUUGCACAUUGACAUUCAGCGAAGUUGCACUAUUAUUUAUUGUUUGCUUUUCUCUUUAACAAGGCCAAACACCUGCACUAGUUAGUUUGUUCUAUUUUUGAACUGGACCCUUAACUUCCAAAACUUGAUAUAGAUGCUGCAUGCCUCGUUAGUUUUAAACUUGAAAUCGUAUAUCUUUUCGAAUACAUUAGAUGGGGUUUCAAAUGAGUUGAGUUGUUUGUGAGCAAUAUGGUGUUUGGCUCGACAAAAGCUCGUUUGUCAAGGGAAACAAGCUAAUGUUGAGUCUAAAUUUGAAACUCAAUUUGUAAAUCAAUUGAGCUUGAACUCAGAAUAAAGCUCGUGAAUAUGUUCGAUUAGAAACUUGUGAAUACUAAUAGGUUCAAUUAGAGACUUGUAAAUAUGAUCGAUUAGAAGUUUGCGAAUAGGUUGUGAACAAGAUUAUGUAGAAAUAUAUUAAUAUAUUUAUUUAUAAAUUUAUAAAUAUAUUAUUUAAUAUAAGUUAUUAAACAUUAAAUUAUUUUUAAUAAUAUAAUUAAUUUAAAUAUGUUUAAAAUUAUUAUAUAUAUUAAUUUAAUCAUUUAACAUAAUAUAAUAUCUAAAAUAAAAUAUUAAAUUAGGUUUAAACAAAAAUAAUAGAUUCUGGCAAGGCAGAGUUUGAGUCUAGAAAUUGACUUGCGAACCGAGCCUGACUUCUGUGGAGCUUGAUUCGGCCCAACUCGGUUCGAUUGUAAUCCUAUUAAUAAUACCUUUCACUUGGAUCGGAGUAGACAUGGCCAAAAUUGAACCGAACCGGCGGUUCGAACCGGAACCGGACCGGCCGAAACCGGACCCGGAACCGGCCGAACCGGAACCGGAAUCGGACUGAACCGGCGAAAUUCGGUCGCCGGUUCCGCGGAACCGGAACCGGAACUGCCAUUUCCUAUUUUCUAGGGAUUUUUUUUUCAUAUAUAUAUAUUUUAAGGAUUUUCUGGUAUAUAUAUUAUAUAUAUAUAUUUUUUUACAUAUAUAUUAUUAUAUAUAUAUAUUUUUUUUUUAUUUCUCCUUCCUUCUCAUUCUUCUCCCGAAUUCCCUUCUUCUUCCUUCUUCUUUCCUCUUCUGCAACGCACAAUUAGGGCAACAGCCACCGUGCACCGCCUCCAUCGGCCGUCUCCACCAUAGCCAUCGCAGCACCUGCGUAACCAGCAGCCGCAAGCCACCGCGUGACUUCCGCAUGCCCUAGCCGCCGAUCACCAUCUUCUUCUUCCUCUUCCUUUUCUCUGUAACUCACAAAUCGGCCAAUCAGCAACCGACCGCGAGCCUCGCCACCACCUCCGACGGCCGCCAUCGCCGGCUCGGCAACCACCCCAGCGUUGCAUCGCCAUCAGCCGCAAGCCAUCGCUUGGCUUCCUCACGCCUAGUCACUGAUCACCAGCUCCUCCCAGCCAUCACUGCCGGCACAAUCGGCCGACACCUUGGCCAGAUCCGGUCACGUAGUCACCGCUGCUUACUCCCUCGCACAGCCGUCGGCCCUUGCUCGGCUUCCCUCAGCCGCCACAGCGACCCUCGUCGCCUCUGCAACUGCUGCCAUAUUGGGGUCGAUUCGACCCAAUCGGUCUGACCCGACCCGACUCGGCACGACCCGACCCGAUCUAACUCAGCCCGACCUGACCAGAUCCGACUCGGCCUGACCCGACCCGAUCCAACUCGGCCCGACCCGACCAGAUCCGACUCGCUUCAGGUUUGAUCCAUUAGAUCUGACCCCUAUCUAAUUUGACUUAUCAGAUUAGAUCUAACCCAUAUCUGAUUUGAUCCAUUCAAUUAGAUCUAACACAUAUCUGAUUUGCUUAGAUCUAACCAAAUCCAUAUCUAUCAUGCCAAGGCACAACACAAUGAACCCCCGGUCUCGAUGUGGUGCCUGUGUAGUAUUAAAUAGAGGAUGUCAUCCACAGUGCAUUUUUGCUCCUUAUUUUCGUUAUGAGGGUGGUACUGCUCAUUUUGCUACCGUUCGUGAAGUUUAUACUAUCAGAAAUGUCGUCAACCUCUUGACUCCGCUUUCGGUAAAUGACCAAUUUUGGGCUUCCGAUACACUUCUCUUUGAAGCUCAAGCCCGGCUUCAGGAUCCUGUUUAUGGGUGUGUAUCUCACAUUCUUGCUCUUCAGCAACAGGUUAGUGAGCUGCAAGCUUAUCGAGCUUAUUUGCAAGAUUCACUAUUCGCAUAUUAUUCUUCGCAUCCCCUACUUGUUCCUCCAUUUGAUCCAAAUUUCAACUGGAGCUCUAGUCCUCCCACCAUCCCAGAGGCUACUCUACUUCACCCUGGCGAAACGAGCAGCAGCCAGAUGCCACUCUCGGAUGACCUUGAUGAGCUAGGUCCAGUCAUCUUUGGCCACCGCCGACGUCCUUGAGCAUUGGCACAUUAUCAGUUUUUAUGGUUUGCCCCCCUCUUUUUUUUUUUUUUUUUUUGACUGUACGGCUUGAUCUCUUGUAUUAUAUUUGAACAUAUGGAAUGAAUGUUAUGUUUUGAGUACUUUAACAUUUCAUUUCCUUGUCCUUCCCUCAAUAGCAUAUCAAUUACAAAUAAAUUAUCUCAACCUCUUACAAUUACAUUUAACAAUUAAAAAUCGAAACCAAACCGAACCGAAUAACGGAACAAGGACCAAAAUUGAAUACAACAAUAUUUAAAAAAAAUUAAAAAAAUUCGGUUUGAACCGGAACCGGAACCGUUGACCGAACCGGCUCAAACCGUUGACCGAACCGGUCCAAACCGUUGACCGAACCGGCACGAACCGGAACCGGAACCGAACCGUCCCAAAUCGCCCUUGGGCGGUUCGGUUCAGGUUCAAAGAUUUCUUGAACCGGAACCGGCGGUUCAUGAACCGUGGCCAUGUUUAGAUCGGAGCCCUUCACUUUUUUGGCUUUGUGACGGCACUUGAUAAUAUAAAGAUUCUAAAGCUUUGAUUGUAUGAAGCUACAAACAGGAAACAUGAAGCGAUGUAUUCCAGUUAACUAGUGUUUUACAGAUUAUGACUGCAGGCCUCCUUGUGCAAAUAAUUUUGUAGUGCUAUCUAAUAUAGUGUUUGGUUUUAUAUGCUUUGGUUUCUUUUCUUU